AUGUAAGCUGGAUUUGUUUCGAGCAUUAUUGGAGUGCUCACAAACUUCAUUAUAUACUGGACUUUCCAUCCAGAUUACAGAACUAAAAUCUAUAACUCAAUAAACAUUCUCGGAUAAUCUAUUGUCGAAGAUGUAUUCUCGUCUAAAUUCCCAUAUCCAGUGGGAUACAACAUGACAAUCAGAGAGUAGAUCGAGAGCAGAGGAUAUGUUUAUGAAGAGCAUAAAAUCCAAACUGAAGAUGGUUACAUUUUAACUGCCUUCAGAGUUCCAUGUAAAAAAGGUGAAAAUGCUGAUUCUAAGACACCAAUCUAAAUGUAGCACGGACUGUUUGAUGAUGGUGGAUCUUGGUUCUUCAACAAUGAGACUCUCGAUUUAUCACUUUAAUUAGUUGACCAAGGAUAUGAUGUAUGGUCUACAAACAGCAGAGGUACAGUUUAUUCAAAUGAGCACGUAAACUUGACUGUUAAUGAUAAGGCUUACUGGGAUUUCUCAUACCAUGAGAUGGGUAAAUAUGAUCUUCCAGCCAAUCUCAAUUACAUUCUGAAUACAACAAAUCAAAGUCAAGUGGUCUAUUUCGGACACUCAUAAGGAACAACCUAAUUCUUCCUUGGCAAUAGUUUAACUAAGGACCUCAGUCAAUACUAUAAAGCCUUCAUUGGUUUUGCACCAGUAGCUCAUGUUAGCAACAGUCCAAGUCCACUUGUAAAGACUUUAGAUUUACUUGAGAUUCCAGACCUUCUCCUUGAAUAUUUCUGGGACUUGUUAUACCUCCCAUCAAUCGCCCCAGUAGCUGCCCCUUUCUUACAUUUCUUCCCAAGGACUGUUUGGAAUUUUAUUUAAACUUUGGUUGGCUUCGACAAAGUUUAUCACAUUAAUCUAGGCACUCUACCAAUGAUGGCAAGAAAUGAUGUCGGUGGCACUUCAACUAAAGAUUUAAUGCACUGGAUCCAAAACUUUAGAAGUGGAAACUUUGCUCAAUAUGACUAUGGUGCUGACCAAAACAUGCAGAUCUAUGGCCAAAAGACCCCUCCAAAUUAUGAUCUUGCAAGUUUAAAAACUACUUUAGCUCAUGUUCAAAUAUUGCUAGUAGCAGGAAGUGAUGACGCCCUUGUCGCUUCAGGAGAUCUGAAAAUUCUAUAGGCUGCAUUGCCAGAUAACACAAAGACAGUUGCUGUUGACGACUAUAAUCAUUUGGACUACAUGUGGUCUGCCGAUGUCAACUCAAAAGUCAACAGCCAGGUUUUCUAAUUCCUCAAUUCCUUCUGA